CUAUUCCACACGGGGAGAUUCGCCCGCGACAAGUCGCCGCGGUUAGAAAAUCAAGAGUAGCGGCGACAAAACGCUCGUCUUGUCUUGCAAUAGGCAAGACAGAGAAACGCAAGAUACCUGCCACACCAGGCUACUAAAAAGCGCCAGUAGCCUGAAAACGCAUGGAGACCCUUUUCGAAGCGACAAGACGCGGCAACAACGAAAAAAGCAAAUGCAUAGGAAAGCAUACGAAAAUGCGUGUAGCAAAUAGACGAGGCUACUAACAGCGGCGAUACAUUACGACAUGACGCAUACGUAAUUGCGUAUGCGAGGACACGACCGUAGAUUUCACGACCGUAGAUGUCACGGCGACAAGACGUAGGCGUGAACGUAUAAAUCACGGCGUUAACACGGACCCGCGAAUUUCAAACUUUGUUUGGUCGAGGGACAUCGCGGUGCGACUUUUCUCCUGCGCCAACACAUUUUGGAAAAAUGUCUUUGACAAAGCUGUAUGUUGAUACAGACAAGCUGAUUCAAUUGGUGGAAAACCGACCUGCUCUCUAUAUGACAGAGCAACCGUUAUAUCACAACAAAAUUGCUAGGAGACAAUUGUGGGAUGAGGUGGCGGUUGAACUGUUUGAAGGCUGGGAAGCUCUUUCGGAUGUUGAAAAAAAUUUGCGAGUCAAAGAAAUGCAAAUGCGCUGGAAGCAUGUUCGUGAUUGCUUUCGUAGGGAAGUGGCUGCCCAGAAGACAGACACACGGAGUGGUGCAUCGCCUUCCAAACGGAAGAAGUACAUCUAUGCAGAACAUUUAACAUUUUUACUACCUGCUUUUGCUAAGAGACAAACUUCUAGCAAUCUGGAUGAUGAGGUUCAAGAAACAGUGGAUCCUGCAAACAAUAACAGAACUGUUACACCAACUGGCACUCCUACAAGACCUAGCACUUCCAGUACCACUGUCACCUCACCUGGCACUUCCAGCAGUACUCGCACUCCACCUGGCACUUUAAGCAGCACUAUCACCCCACCUUCACAAUCAUCUCAAUCUGACAUCACUCGGGCAGCAAAAAGAAAAAAAUCAAACAUUUCAUAUGGUGAUGUACAAAAUAUGCUGUCCAAGUUAUGUGAUUCGGUCUCAUCUUCCAGAGAGGCUUCCCAAGAAUCUUCUGCUAAGAGGGCCUAUGCCUUUGAGGAUUCUCAAGAAUUUGCCUUUUAUACUGGUUUAAUUCCAACCAUUAUGAUGGUUCCUGAGGGGCAUAUGCAAAUGCUGAGAAUGGACUUUUUGCAGUUGCUAUAUAAAUAUUUACCCCAAGGCAAUAACGUACCAAACAGGCCUCUUAUGCACCCACCGCAACCAUUUCAUCAACCCCCACAAUCAUUCAGUAUGCCUCAAAGUAGUACCCCAAACCCUUAUCCUUACCCUUUUCCAUACCCUUCGACUUCACAAGCAUGGGAUCCUUCCCAAAAUUCAUUUACCGACCUUUAAUAUAAUUACUGGUUUGGUAUACCAUUAACUGUUAUGCAGUUUAUUAUGUUUAUUAAUGUAUACUGUUUAUUCAAACAGAUUGCACUUUGCACUUUGUCUUUUUUAGUUAUGUUUUUGCA